AUGCCUCUGAACUCCUCUGAUGACAACCGGACCAUCUCUGUGUUCACCUCCAAACUGACCCCUGCCGCUGACAUAUGUGUGGGACUGGCCAUCCUCUCUGUAGUUCUGCUCUCAGUUCUGGGCAAUGGGCUGGUUCUGGUGAUCUGUUACCGCAGGAGGAAGAAGAUGGUGGGCUCGGAGCUGCUGUGUGUCAACCUGGCUGUGGUGGACUUCCUCUGCUGCAUCUGUUUCUACCCGCUCUCCAUCCUGUCCUCCUUCCACCACGCCUGGCUGGGGGAAGACAUCACAUGUGUUUACUACGGCCUUGGCUGCUACAUCUUUGGACUGUGUGGCAUGUUCACCAUCACCGCCAUCAGCAUCAUGCGCUACCUGAAGACCUGCUACACUGUGUGGCUGGAAGGAGCCAACAUCCGAAUAGCGUGCUGCGUCAUCUGGCUGGUCGCUGCCGUGUGGUCCAGCUUCCCUUUGUUCGGCUGGGGCGAGUACGUCCCUGAGCCUUACGGGCUAUCCUGCACCAUCGCCUGGAGGGGUUAUCAUACUUCAACGAAGGACGCUUUCUACGUGAUCUGCUCCUUUGCCUGCUUCACACUGGUUCCUGUCCUCUUCAUCGUGGUGUCCCAGUGUCGGAUCCUCUACAAGGUGUCCCGCUUCUCCUACUCGCUGUCUGCCAGAGGCAUCCGCAACAACCUGCGGCAUGCUGAGAAACGGCUCUCCGUGAUGUUUUUCUGCAUCAGCCUGGGCUUUGUGAUUGCUUGGGCCCCGUAUGCUGUUGUGUCCUUCCUCUUCAUUUUCCACAAGGAGCACUGGUAUAUGGCUCCUGAGGGCUUUGUUUUCCCCGCCCUCUUCGCCAAAAGCUCCCACAUCUACAACCCUUUCAUCUACUUCUACUUCAAUAAGACUUUCCAGCGGGAGCUGCGCUGCCUGCUCCUCUCAUUCUGCCCCAAGCUGGGGGGAAACCGAGUAGGCGACCACGUCACUGUGGGCCAUCAAGGCCCGUACCCUAUCCACAUUCAACUCCAGGAAAGAGGCUGCGUUAAAAAGAAGACCUUUGGUUUGUCUCAGGACAGAACUCAGAGUAGGAGCAAGAGCAAAGGCAAAGUAACACACACUAGCGGCAACCGUGUCCAUGGCAGGCCUGUGUACGCCUGCUGGGGCUCCACAUCGAAGAACGCUCCCACCAUCAUACACAAUAAACCUGCCAAAGACUCCCUACCGGUCUCUAUAUGA